AUGUUUAAAUACGAUUAUAAUUUUAGAAUUGUAUCUUGUUUAAUUUUGCAUGGGAAAAAAUUUUUUUUUAGGUGUCUUAAGAUUUUGACGUGCACUGUAUAUGUGAGUGGCGUAUUUGUAGGGUAG